AUGCACAGGAGGCACCACAGGACACCAAGCGAUGCCAACAGCCCAUCACCUGACAUCCCAGGCGCGGGUGCCUGUUGCUCACCACCCGAGUGCCCCUGUGCCAAGAAAUGUACCAGCGCCACCACUGAGAAAAGGAGAACCGAUACGGCAAAGGCACAGCAGCGCGCGCGUGAACAACUGCAACAACAACAACGGCAACUGCAACUACAGCAACAGCAGCAACAGUACAACCCAUCACAGCCAACACAACUAAAUGCACAACAACAGACACAACAGGCCCAGCAAAUACGACAGCAGCAGCAACAACAACAACACAGUGCUCUACUGCAACAACAACAACAACAACAACAACAACAACAACAACAACAACAACAACAACAACAACAGCUACAACAACAACAACAACAACAACAACAACAACAACAGACACAGAAACCACCAGCAACCACGACACAGCAGAAGAGACCUCGACCGCCAGGAGGUGCAACACAGGGCCAUACGAAACUACCGCGUCUGUAA